CACAUGUUUCACGCCUCAAUUCCGAAGCCUUCCGAUCGGAACCAGCACAGUCCUCAGCCGUCUCAUGGCGGGCUUGCUUAGCUCCGGCGUCGGCGCGUUUGGCGGGGGUGCCAGCUGCUGGUGGGGUGGACGCCGGCAGAUGUCAUCGGAGCGUUAAGCGUUCUCCCGGAGCCUUCGGGUUGUGACGACGGAGAUGUUUUCGGGCUGGGUUUCGUGCUUCGUGGAUUGCUUCCUGGAGUAGUUUCCUGGAUCACUCUCUGACAUCUUAGUACCUUUGUGAUUGAAUUGUCGAAGGACGUGUAUCUGUGUUGCGAUUUGAGACUGCAAUACCUCACGCUUCGACUUGUUGCUACGCCGUACUCACAAUGGCGGCCAAAUCCACCCCAGGCAUUCUGUACGUGACGAUGCAGCCGAAAGAAGGGCUUGCAGACGCGAAGUUCCACGACUGGUAUCAGAAUGAACACGGCCCCAACCGCCUGCGUCUGCCGUUCUGCAACAAUGGCUUUCGCUACCGCGCCACCGAUCUCGACGCCCCAGGCUCGAAGGAGAAGCCCGAGUGGAUGGCCAUCUACGACUUCGACGAACUCGAGUGGCUGGCGCGCGAGCCCUACCAGCGGCUGCGCAGCGCACCCGUGCAGACACAGCGCGAGCGAGACACCAUGGCGCAGAUCUUCGUUGACCGCCGCUCGUACGACUUGCUAGGCGAGUGGUCUGGGCCUGACUUCGCGGACUUGCAGAAGGUGGAGGGCGAGGGCGUGCAAAACGUCAUGAUUGCGGUGAGCUUCACGCUGCAGGACGGCGAGGGCAAGGAGGACGAGAUCAAGCGGUGGUACGAGGACGAGCACGUGGGUCUGCUGCAGAAGGUUCCUGGGUGGCGCCGCACCAGGCGCUUUGUAACGAGCUACAUGGAUCUCGAGGCGAACCCGAAGCUGCAGAAGGAGUUCCUCGCGCUGCAUGAGUAUGCGCCGGAGAACGGGCUGGCGGGGCCCGAGUUCAAGGCCGCGACGACGACGAAGUGGUGCGAGAAGAUCUACGCCGACGUCGUCGCCGACCGCAAGCGCCGCGUGUACGAGCUGUACUACACGUUCGGUGCGGCGCAGCGCGAUCUCGCGUCGCUCAGCUCGCCGGAUGCCGUGCCCGCGGAGAGCGAGUACGGGCUGUUCAAGACAUACCCGGCGCACGCCUCGCCCUCCAAGCGCGCCGUCAUCGAGAGCAAGAUCACAACGCCCGACGGCGUGCACCUCGACUACCGCCUCGAGGGCAGCGCCGACCCGGACGCGCCGCUGCUCGUGCUGAGCAACAGCAUCCUCGUCGACUACACCAUCUGGGACGACUUCGUGGAGCACUUCAUCGGCCUGGCGCCGCAGUACCGCGUGCUGCGAUACAACACUCGCGGCCGCACCGCGCUGCCCAGCGACUCCAUCACCCCCGUCACCAUCGACGUGCUGGCCGACGACGUCAUCACGCUGCUUGACGCCCUGCGCGCAAAGACCGCCAGCAUCGUCGGCGUCUCGCUGGGCGGCGCCACGAGCCUCAACGUCGCCCUCGAGUACCCGCAGCGCAUCACGUCCUUCAUCGGGUGCGACACGAACGCAUACGCGCCGCCCACCAACGCCGCAGCGUGGAACGAGCGCGUCGCGAUGGCCGAGAAGGAGGGCCUCGUAUCAUCCGGCGAAGCCGUUGUCGGCGAGGAGCUCGCGGAGAUCACCACGCGCCGGUGGUUCGUGGCGGAGAGCUACGCGGACGCCGGGCUCGCGCCGAAGCUGGCGCACGUCAAGCAGCUGGUCAAGACGAAUUCGCUGGCGGGCUUCCGCGCGGGUGUGCGCGCGCUGCACGCGUACGAUAUCCGCGGCAAGAUGGCGGCGUACGAGGGCAAGGGCGCGUUUCUGGUCGGCGCGGGCGACGGCGUGCUGCCCAAGACGAUGAAGGAGAAUAUGGCGGAGAAGCUGGGCAAGGGCGUGGAGCUGAAGGUUGUCGAUGGCGCGGGCCAUUUGCCGAUGGUCGAGAAGCCGGCUGAGGUCGCGCAGUUUGUUGCGCAGUUCCUGCAGUAGAUGUAUUGAAUAAAUCAAUAAAUCAGAUGGACUUACAAUAUGUCGAAUCCCAUGUCGUGGCCGCACCAGGUGAAAGAAUAAAAAAUUCGCAGCGACCAGCAUCCCAGCAGACACAUCCGCUCUCACCUCUCCGUGAAGCUCGUGUGAGAGUGCCGUUUGCCCGCCCAACAGACACCUUCAAC